GAAUCGCAAGCUUCGCGCGAGGAAUGCCCUCGCGCUCGGCUGGGCUCUCGCGUCACCUUGGUUACGAUUUUUAUUAGUGGAGAUACAUUUCCUUCGGACGGAGAUUAAUACGGCGCGAUGUGACGUUAUAUUGCACGAGCGGUAGUAACGGUACCGGGACAACAUGAGAAAACAGGGUUUCCUCAAUGUCGGUGGGCUCACGCGGGGGGGAAGACCUCCACCGUAACACUGUCCUGCCUCGGGAGAACCGGGGGAGUGAAAACCUCGGUGCUCUCGAGCCGAACCAGCCAACUGACGGGCAAAGAGAAGGCUGGAGCUGGAAGCCGGUGACCCCCAGGGCCUCCAUGAUGGUGACUGGAUCUCCAAAAAGCAGAUGGCCUCUGUGUCUGAAGCAGGAGGAACGGCUCCCGCUCCCGCCCCCAAUCCCAUAGUGCGCAAGUCCCUGUUCGCGAAGUCGCGCUGCGACACCUCGCUCGGCUUCUUGACGCAGAGGUUCGCGGCGAUGCUGAGUCGCUCCGCCAACGGGGUGUUGGACCUGAACCUCGCCGCGCAGGAGCUCAAUGCCCCCAAGAGACGCGUCUACGACGUCACCAACGUCCUGGAGGGGAUCCAGCUCAUCAAAAAGAAGUCCAAGAACUUCGUCGAGUGGAUGGGCGGUGAAGUGAACGUGCACAUGGAUCAAGAGCUGAAGGCUCUCGUUGAGGAGGAGAGGAGGCUGGACGAGUUGAUCCAAAGCUGCACAAAGCAAGUUCACCAACUGUGCGAGAACCAAAACACUCAGAGGUUCGCCUAUUUGACCUACGAGGACGUCCAAAGGAUUCCCAGCUUGAAAGAACAGACUGUGAUUGUGAUCAAAGCCCCCGCAGAGACCAAACUGGAGGUGCCGCACCCAGAAGAGAGCCUCCAGGUCCACCUCAGCAGCACACAGGGGCCCAUCGAGGCGUUCCUCUGCUCCGAGGACCCCGUGCCGAUGGACGUCACUGACGGCUCCGUCGCCAACAGAGGCCACUCGAACCCCUCGGCCAAUGGGAACAGCGCUGCGCCCCUCGUGCCUUACUCGUCCUUCGUCCAGGUGUCUUCCAAAGACAACGCGAUCCGUACUUCCGGAGUUGAUAUUAUCUCCAGCCCGUCCGAGCCGACGCAACACUCAUCGCCCGUCACUGUCACCCCCGUCUCACCCAUGCACACCUUCCUCCCACCCACCUCUGGAGAUCAGCAGAGCUUUGUUACCCUCACUCCGCCUCUAGCGCUCUCCCUCAGCGGGGAGGAGUACCUCCUGAGCCUGAAUGAGGAUGAGGGCAUCACUGACCUCUUCUCGUCUUUCGACCUGGACCAAUUGCCCCUAGACCUGCCCCUUCUCUGAGCAGCUGCUUUUUGGGAAUUCGAUAAGUUUGGAGGCGAUUGCCACCUUCUCACAAACCGGAUAUCAAGGGGACACGAUACAAAGGGGGAAUUUUUUUUAAUUUUUUUUUUUACAAUUUACAUUUACAUUUUCCUAUCCUGGACAAUGUGACUGUGAUUUACUGAUGCUCAGGUAUGUGGAGGAUGGCUUCCUCGUCGUCUGCAGGACUUGGACUGACAUGCAUGCCGUUUAUAAAACAAUCGCUUUAUUUCAGAGCUUUAAUCUGUCGGGGCGUCCUCAAGUGUCCUUCUCCAGGUCUCAGUGCCUCAGUGCAGGGGGUGUGGGGGGGGUUGUUCUUGACCGUGCCACCGGAAAGAUGACAUUAUGCAUUGUGACCACGUGAUUAAAGGCAUUAGAAAUGACUCGCACCUAAAAUCUCGGUAUCGGCCGAUACUGUGUCUUUGUUGUAUAAAUUAUGACUCAUGUGUGGAAAUCCCCCCGGACUCAUUUUUAGGUAAAGGAACAUGAAGUCGGGGGUUUGCUGGCGCACUAAAAAAAACCGACUUGGUGGACCGCGUGAAUGUCUGAAUGAAAGUGUCAUUACACCAAAAAUGUUUCUAAUGUCAAAGCGACACUGACGUUGUCAUUCUAGGAUUUAAUGUCGACAUCGAUCCGCCCGUUUUUAAAAGCCCGACCGUCGUCUCCGGUCGUGGCUGCGUCGUUUUUUUUUCUCAGGGCUCUCCGGUAGCUUUCUCGACGGUAGCAGAGGCCGUAGCAGAACCGUCGACUUCGAAGAGCCCAGUUCAGAGUGUCGGUUUUUAUCGUCAAAGUAUUAUUAAAGACGCACGGGAACGUUAAAAGGUGAUCGCCACGCAACUGGAAAACUCGUGCGGACGAUCGAGUGCCUUAAGAGUCGGUUUUCUUUUGGCGUGACGGCCGCUCCGAUUCCCCCCUCGUGUUCCCCGUGGACGUCGGCGCUGUUGCUCUUUGCACUGUUAGCUGCUAGCCGCCCGGGUCCACUCACCCAUGGAUAUGCUCUAAACGUGGAGUAUGGCUCCGUUAAUGUGGCAUUUGAUUUGAGUAAGAUUUAAAAGAGAUGAAGAGGGGUUGAUGAAGACCUGUGAAGGAUCCACAGCGGUUCAAAGUACAGAUACCGUUUUCUCCAUUAAGAUGUUUUGUGUUCGUCUUUUUAGUUUUUGUAUGGUAAUGAUAUUUGAACAUAAUUUGAAUGUGUUUUGAAAUCGUCUGUGAUUGACUGACUGGUGGAUUUAUUUUUGUUUACUUGCUCAAAUGUUGUGUUUUAAACCACGGCAAAGCAGAGGAAAGAAAAGACACGAGGAAAGAAAAUGUUUCUUUUAAUGUUUUUUCUUUUUUACUUCUUCACCGAACAGUCAAAUGUAUCGAUAAAUAAUAAAAGAA